CGGUCCAUCUACUGUCUAGUAUCUACUGCUACAAUAAUAGGGCCAUAGCCGUUUUCUGGGUCGUUGCAAUUCCUGCCUGCAAUUCCUACAGUCCGUCCCUCCCCCUCUGCGGUUCACAGACCCAUACUAUCCAGCAUUUCAAAUCCUGCAGUUUCGAAGCUGCUUAAUUUUACCUGCUCCAGCGUAAACCAUUUCGCAAACCAGGAAAUUUCGUUUUCUUAACUAUUCUUUUGCUGGGAAGGUACAAUUCUUUUUCCCAGCUAACUGGGAGGGCUAGGGUUUUGAAAGGUUCUCGGCUCGAAGUCGAGCUUGAGCGGUGGUGGUGAGAUUUCGAAAAGUGUUUUCUUGUGAACCAUCCGUAGCAAACAUUAGAUCGUAAGGAGCUUUCGAGAGGAAGCACCCGACUUACCGGUCUCGAAUUCGAGGCUUGAGCGGUGGCGUCUUGCUGCUUUUAAGAGAAAAUUUCAAGUGCUUUACGGUUCAUUCUGAUUUAAUUCAUUUACUGAACUAGAAGUCCCUUGUGUUUUUACACAACUCCAAACCCAGGGUUUUUAUUUUUUGAAGCGUGGUUUUCAUCCAUUUCGGUUUGAAAUUGAGCUUUGAAUUGCUCGAGCGGGCCAAAACGGUAGUGAUUUGGUUGUUGUACUGUGAUGAUUGAUCAUUCGAGGAUGAUAUCGGUGCAAUUGUAGAUAUUAGGGUUUUCGAGGCUUUUCUUGAUAGUUACGAUGGAUAUUGAUGUGGUAGUGGAGGAUGUUGCUUCUCUGGACCCUGAACUGUUGCAGCUUCCUGAGCUGUCGCCCGUCGCGUUCAAAGCCAGCCCACAGAUUGCCGAGGACUUGUUUACCCAAUGGCUCUCACUUCCGGAAACCGCCAGACUGGUGAGAUCUCUUAUGGAUGAUGCAAAGGCAGGUGCUUCCUGUAAUGUCCUUGGGAACUCUUUUAAUGUGAAUACUGUCGGGGGUGCUUCAUUGCCUUCCAUGUUUCCAGCUGGCAAUGCACCUCCACUUUCUCCUAGAAGUUCAUCUGGCUCUCCACGCAUAUCAAAACAGAGAACCAGUCCUUCUUCUCUAGGUUCUCCUCUUAAAUUGAUUAGUGAACCAAUGCGAGAAAUCAUACCUCAGUUCUACUUCAAAAAUGGCCGUCCACCGCCAAAGGAUCUAAAAGAACAAUGCCUGUCUAGAAUUGAGGAUCUUUUUAACAAUCAUAUAGAUGGGUUGCAAAUACAUGAGUUUAAAUUGGUUACAAAGGAAAUAUGCAAGCUACCGUCAUUUUUCUCCUCUUCGCUUUUCAGAAAGAUAGACACAGACUGCACUGGGAUAGUGACCAGGGAUGGAUUUAUUAAAUAUUGGGUUUUUGGCAAUAUGCUGACAAUGGAUACAGCAGCUAAAAUAUUCAAAAUUCUUAGGCAGCCGGAAUGUAAAUACCUUACUCAGGUAGACUUCAAACCUGUUCUUCUAGAGCUUUUGGCAACCCAUCCUGGGUUGGAAUUCUUACGAAGUACUCCUGAAUUUCAAGAAAGAUAUGCUGAAACUGUCAUAUACCGAAUGUUCUACUACAUCAACAGAUCAGGAAAUGGCCUUCUUACUCUUAGAGAGCUGAAGCGAGGAAAUCUAAUUGCAGCAAUGCAGCACGCAGAUGAGGAAGAGGACAUUAAUAAAGUCAUGAGGUUCUUCUCGUAUGAACACUUUUACGUCAUAUACUGCAAGUUUUGGGAGCUUGAUACAGACCAUGACUUCUUGAUAGAUAAAGAGAACCUCAUUAAAUAUGGUAAUCAUGCCCUUACCUACAGGAUCGUUGAUAGAAUAUUUUCACAGGUCCCAAGGAAGUUUACCAGUAAGGUUGAAGGGAAGAUGGGUUAUGAAGAUUUUGUUUACUUCAUGCUGUCAGAGGAAGAUAAGUCAUCUGAGCCUAGUCUAGAAUAUUGGUUCAAAUGCAUAGAUUUGGAUGGCAAUGGAAUUCUCACUCCCAAUGAAAUGCAAUUCUUUUAUGAGGAGCAGCUCCACCGUAUGGAAUGCAUGGGCCUAGAACCAGUGCUAUUUGGGGAUAUUCUGUGCCAAAUUGUUGACAUGAUUGCACCAGAGAGGGAAAAUUAUAUUACACUACAUGACUUGAAAGGUUGCAAGCUUUCAGGAAAUGUUUUCAAUAUCCUUUUCAAUCUUAAUAAGUUCAUGGCUUUUGAAAGCCGUGAUCCAUUUCUCAUCCGUCAGGAACGUGAAGAUCCGACUUUGACAGAGUGGGACCGCUUUGCACAUAGAGAGUACAUUAGGCUUUCAAUGGAAGAAGAUGGUGAAGAUGUCUCUAAUGGAAGUGUAGAAGUUUGGGACGAGUCACUUGAAGCUCCCUUUUGAGUUCAAUGAGCUGCCUAUAUAAAUGCCGUUGAUGCUUCCUUGAGUCUGGCCACUGAAUGAAGAAACUUUGGCAACUUGGAGAUCCUCCUUGAAUGAAAUUUGCAAGGGACUGCAAACCUUAUCAGCAAUAAACUGAAGCGUGGUCAUGGAGUUUUGACAUGCAUCUUGUCAAGUCGGCAAAUAAUACUUGCCUUCAUGAAAUUUAAGCUGCACUGAGGAGUAUUAAAUCGAUUUACUUCUUUAGAAUGAGAGGGUCGGUUGCUGCCCGCUUAUUAGUCGUCCCCAGGUAACAAUAGUUUAUGCUAUUGUUAUAGAAGAAACUUAUUUUUGUUUUCAAGAAAAUAGGUCCAGUGCAUGUUGCUUUAUUAUAUCUUGCCUUUCUUCUUCAAGGCAAAGAUGGCUGCUUGAAGCUUCUAGUGGUUCAUAUGAUUUCUCAGAUGCUCUAUGUCGGUCACUCUGGUCUCUUCCUCUCUCCGAUGCCUAGUUUCCACAGCUUGUUUAUAUGUUCUCUAUUGGAUUAAUGUUGAAAAAGGGAAUUAUAGCAGAAGGAACUUUAGAAAGUGCAGAUCAUUAUACAACAGUUUUUUGGUUGGAACUGUUGAAAGGUUGUAAAUGUUUCCCAACAAAUAAGUUUACCACAUUCAAAAGUAGUGUUAUUGAUUGAAACAUGUGAAGAAUCAAUCAUUUAUGUUAUUCCUCA